AUGUCAGGACGAGGCGGCCGAGGCGGUUCUCGCGGAGGAGCCAACAACGCUCAAUCAGGCGAUAGGAAAAAGAGAGAAUCCAUAUUGAACUUGGCUCAAUAUGUAGAUCAAAGUGUUCGAGUAAAAUUCAUGGGUGGAAGAGAAGUCAUAGGCAUAUUGAAAGGUUAUGAUCAAUUAAUGAAUUUAGUGAUGGAUGAUGUAGUAGAAGAAUACGAGAACAACACAUUACAACCUCGUAAUUUAGGCUUAGUAGUUCUCAGAGGACCUAAUAUAGUUUUGAUAUCUCCUACAGACGGAUCAGCAGAAAUCGAAAACCCUUUCGCAUAG